AUGUGCGUCGCCAUCUUCCAGAGUGGGAAGAAGUGUGCUAGGGUGUGGUUUCAGAACCGAAGAGCUCGCACCCUAAAAUCAAAAGGAUCCAGCAAAGCCCAGUGGCAGUCUCAGAGCCCAGCGCACAGUCCACAGGCUCGCCGCCACACACAGGCCUUUGCACCUCAAAUGCAGCAGGUGUUAAACAAUGGACAGUUUCCUCCUACCUUCAAUGCCACCGGAGCGUAUGGACAGUGUGGAGUCUCGUAUGGGAUUCAACCAGGAGGCUCAAUGGGCAGUAACCCCAGCUCAAACCUGUGGGAGUACAUGCCUCAGCCAGGCUGCCAAAACUCCACUGGGGUGCCUGCGUGGCGUCAGCCUUCCGUGGAGAUGGUAAGCUACAACUCAAGCUCCAGCCAGGCAGCCUCCAUGCACCCUAGUUCAGACAUACACGACCUCCUUCAAAUAUUCAAAGCAGACACUCCUGAUUCUGGAUUCUUCAACAGCAGCCGAGAGAGCAGCCCAACGGGUUGUCUGGAAGUCCCGACCCCACAGAUGAGGAGUAUUGGGGAGACUGUAGCAGCUCUUGAGGACGGCAGGGAUGCAGGAUAUCCGCCAGUGGUCCAGGAUAGCUCACUGCCAGUGCUGUCAUUGCAAGAUAUUAUGUGGGAGCUGAAUGAGGAAUGGCUGGGAGGAAAUGGACUGGACAACGGAGUCACUGGAGAGGAGCCCCCUUACUUCUGUUGGCUAUGAUGAGUAUUUUUAAUGGCUCAAGUGUUUGACGUAUUUUCAAAAUAUUUUUUUUUAAAAAAAGCCAUGUUUUUGCAGUAAUUACUACACAUUUUUAGGAUUUUUUUUUUUCUUCAAGUUUACUUAAAAAAGAAAAAAAAAGAAACAAAAAUCAGUCGUUAUAUUGCAUAAUACUGUUUUCUUGGCUUCCCCUUUCCAAGAAUGUACUCUCAGCUAAUUCAUGACCAGAGAUUUGGCUCUGCUCAUAGAUGGUGCCUGUGAGUUGUAAAUAUGAGAAAAAGGGGAUUUUCUUUCUGUGCAGAGACAUUAUGGAGAGUAAUAUAAAAACAUGUUAAAUCCUAAUGAAUGCUGAAAUUAAAUUUAAUCUGUAAUAAGACUUUAUGUAAAAAAUAAUUUUAACAAAAAUAAUUUAUAGAUAUAGAGAUGUUAUUGUAUAAUGUUUCCAUUUUGAUUGGUUAAUUUUAAGGAUCUGAUAACAGAGGAUGUUUGCUGUAAAGAUUAUGAAGCCCUGUGAGGUUAAUUAUUGGUCUGGGAAACGAAGAUGUUGAUAUAAUAUAUUUGAUUCUGUUAAGCUUUGUUCUUAUGUUGUAUGACUGACAUAUAGUGUAUGAUAAUAUAGAGAAUAUACAGUUAUAAAUAUGAUUCUGUUAUUAUGUUCGCAUGUUUU